AUGGUCUCCGACAAAGUGAUUCAGGCUUCCAACUCGCUCAUCAGCGAUACCUCAGUCCCACAUGUCGCCGUCUUCAUCGGCGGCUUGUCCGGCAUCGGAAAGUCUACGGUCCGUGCCUUGAUUGCCACGGGCACGAGCAUGCGAAUCUACCUCGUCGGACGCAACAGUGCUGCAAAGCGAGUGGCAACCUUCAUUAAGGAACUGAAUGCCAUCAACCGAAAGGCAGAAGUUGUCUGGACUGACAGUGAGGUCGCACUCCUCGCGGAGACGAAAAGAAUCUGCGAAGUCAUCAAAGACAAGGAAUCCAGCAUCGGCCUGCUGUUCUUUGGCACGGGAUAUGAUCUGCUCAGCUCAUACCCGGAAAAGAGCGAGGUCUCGGAGGUCACCCAGAGUCUGGAGUACUUCCAACGGAUGCUGUUCCUUCUCCAUCUUCUGCCCCUCCUUCGCAAAGCAGAGAGCGCCAGGGUUAUCAGCAUUCUGGGCGGCAGACCAGGGGCGUCGAAGAUCGGCGAUGCACCGUUGAUCAUGUAUAAGGGAUUGGGCAACUUCAAAGCCAUGUUUCGAUACUCGGCCAUCCACAUGACAAUGCUAGAGAAGAUGGCCGUCGAAGAUCCUGCUGUGACCUUCGUUCACUCUUGGCCCGGGUGGGUCCGUACAGAACAUACCAGACGAAACAUGGACUCGGAGCCAUUCGUAUAUCGGAUCCUCCGACUGAUCUUCCACUUCAUCGUGGGCCUGUUUUCGGUGUGUGCAAAGACGAGCGGGCAGCGACAUCUGUUUAUCAGCACGAGCGCUGCGUUCGGCGGCCACGGUGUGCCGUGGUUUGGUAAGCCGGGCGUGAACUCGCUGGGAAAGCAGGAGAAUGGACUGUUUCUCGUCAAUCACCAAUGCAACUGCGCUCUGAUUGCGAAUGCUUUGGAUCUGCUUCGAGAGAAGGCACAGAAUGCAAUUUGGGCUCAUACCCAGGAAGUUCUUGAGCCAUACAUGUAA